AUGCAUGGCCGCCGAUGGAUAUUCCCGGUGUUUAUGACGGGUUGGCGAAACAAUGGUCUCAAUGUAGACGACCUCUUCCGGUGCUCCCGACACGACGAGUCACAACCGAUUGUCCAGGAGCUGCAAAAGCACUGGAAUAAUGAACGUCAAAAAAAGUCAUCGAAAUUCUGGAGGGCAUUGGUUAUGGCAUUCGGGAAGUACUAUAUACCGCCACUCACUUUAUUAAUAUUGGGGGAAUGCGUUUGUCGUAUAUGUCAGCCCCUGCUACUAGGCAUAGUGAUAGACCAUUUUAACAAGGUCGAAAAUCGCACCUUCAAGCAAGCAUGCAUGGCCGCCGGGGGAACUCCAUGCGCCCAUACCUACUUUUGCAGCUCCUGGACAAUCGGUUGUGACUCGUCGUGUCGGGAGCACUGGAAGAGGUCGUCUACAUUGAGACCAUUGUUUCGCAAACCCGUCAUAAACACCGGGAAUAUCCAUCUGUUUGUUUGA